AUGCCUUCGAAGCGGACGGCGCCGCCACCGGAAACCCCGGGCGCCUCAAAGGCAGGCAAAGCGUCCCCGUCGUCCAGUCCAAGAUCGUGCACCCGGCAAAGCACUCCCACCCGUGGGAGCGCCAGCAAACUCGACGGCCCGAGAGAAGGCCGCAAAGGCGCCGCCGCCGUCGCCGAGCGCCCGCGGCAGCUCGACAUCAGCGACUUCCCCUACCUGCUCCGCCCCGCCCAAGACAGCCGCGACUUCACCGCGCUUGCGCUGGAGCCCGGCCAACAGACGCGGCCGGUCUGGAUCGCCGGCAGCGGCAGCCUUAUCCUCGAGGCAUUCCACCCGCUUGCAGCGCACGCCCGGGAUCUCCUCGUCGCCAUCGCCGAGCCCAUGUCCCGGCCGGCGCUGGUGCACGAGUACCGGCUCACCGUCCACAGCCUGUACGCCGCUGUGGCGGCCGGCCUGACCCCCGGCGACAUCAUCGCCGCUCUGCAGCGCUGGUGCAAGAACAAGGUGCCGCCCAACGUGGCGCGCUUCAUCCAGCAGUGCGGCAAGAGCUACGGCAAGGUCAAGCUGGUGCUGAGGAAGGCCAGGUAUUGGCUGGAAACGGCCGACCCGGCGGUACUGCGCGUCCUGCUGCAGGAUCCCGAGAUUGCGCGCUGUCGAGCCGACCACGGUACUCAAGUACCGGCCGUGAUCGCGGCGGAGGGCGCGGGCUAUGGACCAUCGCUCCUGGCGGCCUCACAGCGCGGUGCAACCCCAGAGGCAUCCUCGUUGCUCCAUGGCGACGAUGACGACAACGACGACGACGGCGCUAACGGGCCCGUCAUCCACGCGGUCCAGAUCCGGGACGACAAGGUCAGCGCCGUUGCCGAGCGCUGUCUGGCCCUGCGAUACCCUGCCCUCGAGGAGUACGAUUUCCGCAACGACCACGUCAACGCCGACCUGGACAUCGACCUGCGGCCGGGAACCCAGAUCCGGCCGCACCAGGAACAGAGCCUCAACAAGAUGUUCGGCAACGGCCGCGCCAAGAGCGGCAUCGUCGUCCUCCCCUGCGGCGCCGGCAAGACCCUGGUGGGCAUCGCCGCCGCCUGCACCAUCAAGAAGGGGGUCGUCGUCCUAGCCACGGGCAGCAUCGCGGCCGUCCAGUGGCGGGACGAGUUCCUGAAGUGGACCAACGUCGACCCCGCGAGCAUCGCGCUGUUCGUCUCGGGCGAGAAGUCGCCCUUCGCGGGCAGCACCGGCGUCCUAAUCACGACCUACGCCAUGGUGACCAACACGCGCGCGCGGGCCGGCGAGUCGGCCCGGAUGAUAGAGCUCCUCACGACGCGGGAGUGGGGCCUCAUGGUGCUCGACGAGGUGCACGUCGCGCCGGCGCAGACCUUCCGCACCGUCGUCGGCUGCGUCAAGGCCCACGCCAAGCUCGGCCUGACCGCCACGCUGCUCCGCGAGGACGACAGGGUCGACGACCUCAACUUCCUCAUUGGGCCCAAGCUCUACGAGGCGAGCUGGCUCGAGCUGUCCCAGCAGGGGCACAUCGCGAGGGUGCAGUGUGCUGAGGUUUGGUGUCCAAUGCCGAGCGAGUUCUACGAGCAGUAUCUGCGCGCCGGUGCCCGCAGCCGGCCUCUGUUCUGCGCCAUGAACCCGACCAAGUUCCAGGCGUGUCAGUACCUGAUCCGGUACCACGAGAGCCGCGGCGACAAGAUCAUUGUCUUCUCCGACAACGUCUACGCCCUCGAGGUCUACGCGAAGAAGCUGAUGAAGCCCUUUCUGUACGGCGGGACGAGCAACGCGGAGCGCCAGGAGGUCCUCGACUACUUCCGCAACUCCCCGGACUGCAGCACGCUCUUUCUCUCCAAAAUUGGCGACACGUCGCUGGACCUGCCCGAAGCAACCGUCCUGAUUCAGAUAUCGGCGCAAUACGGCUCGCGGCGCCAGGAAGCCCAGCGCCUGGGCCGGGUCUUGCGGGCGAAGCGUCGCAACGAAGAGGGCUUCAACGCCUUCUUCUACUCCCUCGUGUCCAAGGAUACGGUCGAGAUGGUGUACUCGGCCAAGCGGCAGGUCUUUCUCGUGGACCAGGGCUACGCGUUCCGCGUGAUCACGCAGCUGAAGAACAUCGAAGACAUGCCUGGCCUGGCCUAUGCCACGCCGCAGGCCAGGCGCGAGCUGCUGCGGCAGGUCUUGGCGGAGGCGGAGAGCAGCUCGUGGAGGGCGGAGGAGGAGAAGGAAGCCGCGGGUCUGCUGGCGGAUGGAAAUAUGUUCUACAGCCGAGAGGGCCGGCCGGCGGCGCGGCAGGGAGGUUCGAAGGCGGGCCCAACGGCGGGACGCAUAUCAAGCGCAGUCAGCGGCGGCCGGGAUAUGACUUACCAUGAUCAAAAGAAACGCGCAAAUAAGGUCUUCACAGAGCAAAAGAAGGCGCCGCACAGCAACUUUUUUAAGGCCAUUGCGAGAGAGAAGGAACGGCGGAAGAAACAGGUUGACCACGGAUCCUCUGCCUGAGGGGGCCAGUAGCCCGUCCAAGAAUGCGAGACACUU